CUUUGUUUCUACACUUUCCUAAAGUCUAAACUUUAGCAUGAAGGCCCUGUUCGUGUUCGCAUUUGUUUUCUGCUAUGUUGCAGCAACUGGUGAAUGGGAGGAUGUUGACGUAAAUGAUGAGAAAGCUCAAGAGAUGAGCAGACACGGUGCUGAACUGGUCAAUGGUCAUUUGAGAUCCCGUUAUCACUAUAAAUUGAUCGAUUUUGUCAAAGCUAGAAGACAGGUGGUUGCAGGACUUAACUUCGAAGUUAAAAUAGUAAUUCAAGAAACAAGUUGCGCCAAGACCGAGAAAACUUUCGAAGAAGCCAAGGAUUGCGACGUCAGAGAUGGAGGCGAAACACGAUAUUGCACUGUCAGAGUUUGGGAAAAGGUAUGGGAACACAAGCUAACAAUGACAUCGUUUAGCUGCAGUACUUCACCUUUCAAUGAUGAAGAGGAUUAAUUUAAAUUGAAAAAUUAUAUUUAAUUCUUUUUUUUAAAGUUACCUAAAAUCAGAUCGAGAAGGAAAAUUUUAAUGUAUUCGCUUUAAAAUUCUCUCUUAAUUAACUAUGAUUUAUGUUAUGUUUUCAAGAUAGUGUAUUAAAUCACUUACUUUACUGUAAAAUAUAGGUCAGACAUGUCUGUACAAAAUGUUUUAUAUGUCUGUCCAAAAAAUGGAAGAAUAAACGCAUGAUA